AGUCCAUUCACGACGCGACGCGCUUACCUCCCUCUCACCCCAAGAUCUGCUCAACGUCAACUCGAGAACCCACCAACGUCGACUGCGAACUCGCCAAUUUCGUCCUCGGCAUGCCCCCAAACUAGUUCGUUGCCUCGCCAUGGAAAAAUUCCUACGGGAAUGGAGGCAGGAUGCCCUGAACAAGGCCCAGUACGAUUCCGCCAUCUUUAUCGGCGACAAGCUGCUGGCCCUAACGAACGACGAUAAGGACGCCUUCUGGCUGGCCCAAGUACACUUUGCCACCGGAAACUACACCCGCGCCCAGACGUUUCUCGCCAAACAGAACCUAGUCGCCCGUAAUGUCUCCUGCCGAUACCUUGCUGCGCACUGCCUCGUUAAGCAAUCGAGAUUCGAUGAAGCAGUGGCCGUCCUCGGCGAGCGAAACCCGACCCACCUUAUCAACAACGCGAGCAACAAGCGGAAAGCGAACACGGCACCUCUGGGACGAGCGGUGGGCCACAGGGGGAGGAUGGCUCGCGACGAUGCCGCCGAGGAGGAGGCUACAAACAGAAAAUACGAAGCCGCCAUGUGCUACCUGCGGGGUAUAUGCUACGCCAAGCAGAACGCCUUCGACCGAGCCAAGGAGUGUUACAAGGACGCUGUCCGGAUCGACGUUCAGUGUUUCGAGGCGUUCCAGCAGCUCAUGACGAACGCCCUGCUGUCGCCUGACGAGGAGUGGGCGUUUCUUGAGUCUCUCGACUUUGAUUCAAUCACGGUAUCGGGGGACGUUUCGUCGUCGCAGGAGGCAGCGGAGUUCACCAAAAUGCUGUAUACGACACGGUUGUCCAAGUAUAGGGAGCCUUCGGCCUUCACCGCAGCGUGCGACACGUUGUCGACGCACUAUCGUCUGGCAGAUAACCCCGAUCUGCUGCUCGCCAAAGCCGAUCUGUUGUACACGCAGUGUCGUUAUCGGGACGCCUUGGCCAUUACGGAGUCAAUACUUGAGGACGACAAGUACAACUUUAGUGUGCACCCGCUGCAUCUAGCCUGUCUGUAUCAAUUAAAGAUGAAGAACGCACUGUUUCUGGUGUCCCACGACUUGGCGGACAAUCACCCGGAGGAGCCGUGCUCAUGGUUGGCUGUCGGCAUUUACUACUUUGCGAUUGACAAAAUUGCAGAGGCGCGACGAUAUUUCAGCAAGGCCAGUAUGAUGGAUGCACACUUUGGCCCCGCGUGGAUUGGCUUCGCGCAUACCUUCGCUGCGGAGGGCGAGCAUGACCAGGCUAUAUCGGCGUACUCAACAGCGGCGAGGCUGUUUAUGGGGACACAUUUGCCACAAGUGUUUUUGGGCAUGCAGAACCACGCACUUAACAACAUGACGCUGGCCGAAGAGUUUCUCAAGACGGCAUACGGUCUAUGCAAGACGGAUCCACUGCUAUUGAACGAAAUGGGCGUUGUCAAAUACCACCAGGAUAAGCCGCAGGAGGCUGUUCAAUUCUUUCGGGCGGCAUUGAAAAUCGCCGCCGAGAUCGACUCAGACCCUCAGGCUUGGCUGUCCCCGAGGACGAAUCUCGCGCACGCGUAUCGUCGCCUUCGUCUCUGGAAGGAUGCACAUGUAGAGUUUGACGAGGUCCUGCGCCAGGGCGGCAAGGACGCUGCUAUUUUUUGCGCCAAGGCGCUCAUCUAUCUGGAAGAGGGUCGUCCUGAGAAGGCGAUUGUACCGCUACAUGAGGCGCUCGCCAUCAAUCCUCAGGACGGCACUGCCACAGAGUUAUUAAACAAGGCACUCGAGGAGACAUCGACGAUUGACUUCGCAGAUGGCGACGAGCUGGAGGCCUUUGAGCAGGAGCUUGAGUUGGGCAAGGCCGCCGCUAGAGAGCAAUUGUCGAACAAACUGCCGAAGCUGCGGCGAGACGUCAAAGGCAAGGCCAAAGUGAGCAGGCCGCGGAUACUCGUGGAUGAAGACGAGAAGGGAGAGAGCAUGAUGGAGAUGACUGACGACGAUUAGCCCGCGGAAACAACAUUAGACACGGCGUCACGGUGGGAGAGGUAUCCCAGCUAUCGGUUCAAACUAUUGACAUGGAUAGUAAUCAAAAGUAUGAUCUCGGUGUGUGACUUUGGGCGAGUGAUAACAACAACUCUAUGCCCCUUGGGGUUAGUCUGUUCUGUUCUGGUUACAUUAGGUAGGCAGUGAAGAAUGCCGACUCGCUGGGUCAGCGUUCGCAUUUGGCUCGUUGGUGGAUCUUAGUUGCUGACGGAGUCGGAAGAAUUGGUGGGUUCGAAGGCCGACUGGCAAAUUUGUGAUUGCGGGUUGACGGCAGGCAAUAAAAGGGUGUACAU